AAGUUUGUUGUUGAUCAUAUCAGUAGUGAAUGUCUCCUCCUCCUCCUCCUCCUCCUGGUGAGAUGGAUGUAGCUCCUGCAAAGCGGCCGAGGAUCUCCAAGGCAUUGGAUAAGGUUAAUAAAACUAUGGAGAAAAAGUGUCCCUAUCUGGGUACUGUAAACAGGAAUAUGCUAGACUUCGAUUUCGAAAAGGUCUGUAGUGUAACCCUUUCGAAUGAGAAUGUCUACGCGUGUUUGGUAUGCGGUAAGUAUUACACUGGUAGAGGUCAAGGGACGUGUGCCUAUACGCAUGCUCUGGAGAAGGAUCAUUACGUCUUCAUUAACCUCAAGAAUACUAGAGUGUAUUGUAUACCGGAUGGGUAUGAGGUUAUUGAUGCCUCUUUGGACGAUAUACGGUAUAACCUCAAUCCUACAUUUACCAGAGAUAUGCUAAAUAGCACUAUUGAUAAAUCUACGGCUAUCGGCUUCACACUGGACGGCCGGCCCUUCCUGCCGGGCUGUGUCGGGUUGAAUACGAUAAGUGGUGGCACUGACUACCUCAAUGUGAUCGUUCAGAUACUACAACAGGUUGUACCACUGAGGAAUUCCCUACUGACGAAGAAACAAGAUCUUGACGCGAGUCGGACGGAUAUUACGGAGGCUCUUGCUGAGCUGUUUAGGAAGACGUACAAUGCUAAGAACUUCAAGGGUGUGGUAUCGCCUCAUGAGUUCCUCCAAGUUGUUAGUAUCAAAAGUAAAAAGCAUUUCUUCACAUCACAGAGGGACCCCGCGGAGUUCCUCACGUGGCUGUUGAAUCAUCUCAGACCUCACAAAACUAUCAACAAAAUAUUCAAAGGUGAGAUCUUGGUGAAGACCUGUCGUAACCUCGAUAGUCAAACCGCUGGGGAUGUUUGGGAAGAGACUACCUCUGAGUUCCUCACCCUCACGUUGGAUCUACCGGAUGCCCCACUGUUCAAGGACACACAGGAGUUCAUCCCACAGGUGCCAAUGAUUUCGCUACUCGAUAAGUUCAACGGAGAGACUAUAGUCGAGGAUUUGGUCCAUCGGCAGUUGCGGAAGUAUACGCUCAAGCGGUUGCCUCCUUACCUUAUAUUCGUUACUAAGAGGUUUAAGAAGAAUAACUUCACAGUUGAGAAGAAUCCUACUCUCGUUCGUUUCCCAUUGAAGGGGUUGGACAUGAAGGAUUGGGUUCAUCCAUCUUGGCACAACAUAAACGAACACACCAAAUACGACCUCGUCGGGCUGGUGUCGCAUUCCGGCCAGCCGGAGGCGGGCAUGGGAGUCUACAAAGCAUAUGUGUUACAUUCAAGAACAAACCAAUGGCAAGAAACUCAUGAUUUGAAUGUGGCUCCUAUUCUGCCGCAGAGUGUUGCCCUUAUGGAAACCUACAUACAGGUGUAUCAGCGAGAGGAUGUACAGUCAGAUGGUACAUUUACGGACAAUGUUGUGGUGGCCAAACCAGGUGAAGAAGAGGAGGAUAUCUUCGGCGGUGGCGACGAGAAUAUGAAGGAUCGGGAUCUGGCCCUCGCCGGUAUCGAAAUCGGUUAA